AUGCCACCUGCAACAUUAGAGACCAAGGACAUUGUCGAGCACGCCUUAGCCGGUGGCCCUACUGGAAAUGGAACUGCCCAACUGAAAUCGCGCUUCACGCGCGCUGAGAAACGCAAGUUUGCUCGCGGAAAGAAAGCCAUCCAAGUCCCCCAGGCCCCGAAGAACAAUACAAAGCCAAAGAUCGACUUUCGUAAUUCUGCAUCAGUUAAACUAGAUAUUUCCAAGCUCUUGCCCUCUCAAAUUGAUACUUACCUUGCCCUGCUUGAGGCGAAGGCGCGCGUUGGUCGCUCGAAGCCGAGCAGCCUUGCCGAUCGUGUAACCCGCGACAACGUCAAGAAGGAGAAGGCAGGCGAGAAGCCGAAGAAGGAGCUAAGUGCCGCUAAAUUGGAUAAAAUCGAGAAAAGAAGACAGCUCAGAGCGGCCAGAAAGGAAGCCUGGUUAGCGAAGAAGGUGGCCGAUGUGGAGAAGAAAGAGCCUACCGAGGCCACGCCGGCUGCAGUGCCCGCGAAAUCUCCAGUGCGAACUGCGGCCACAUCUCGCCCACCGUCGCGUCGUGCAUCAGCCAUUGCCCGCUCUCCAGCUCGUACUCGCUCUGCUAGUAUAGUCCCGGCUACCCUUCCCCACCCGGAAGACACAUUCGAAGAACUAGAAUACUAG